AUGGGAGAUUCAGAUCUGAUUAUCCGACGAGCUCAGAGAGAAUGGGAGACCCGAGAUGUCAAGCUAAUUCCUUGUAGGCAACAUGUGGAGGAUCUUAGCAGGUGGUUUAAGUCAGUAGAGUUCAGGUACAUCCCUCGUUGUCACAAUGAGCUAGCUGAUGCACUUGCUACUUUAGCCUCGAUGCUACCAUACCCGAGCAAUGCCCGUAUUGAUCCCUUGGAAAUCCAAAUCCGGGAAAGGCAUGGUUACUGUAAUACGGGUAAGGCAGAACCAAAUAUUCAGCCAUGGUAUGAUGACAUCAAAAGGUUUCUAAAAACUAAAGAAUACCCUGAGUAG